GAUCAAUAAAGUAUGGGUAUUUUGUGCCGGAUUAUUUUACCCAAUAUUCACACAGGUAGAACAUCUGAGCCGUGUACAUAGUACUUAGCAUGUCAUUAACAGGUACACAUGUAGUGUGGAACAGUUAUUAUUUAUUGUAAAAGACAUGAAGAUACUAUGAAGUUUUCGGGAGGCAAAUGUUUUGCUGAAUUCAUCAAGAGAUCUAUGGAGGACAGGUAAAACAUUUCAAACGGCGUCACUGUAACUAAGGUCAGGAAAAUGGCGGACCGGUUCAGGACUGUCGAUGAUGUUUAUGCGACAGUUAGAAAGUCACCGCCACAGAUUGCUGACAUUAUAUGGGAUGACAAACCAAGACAUCUUAAAGACUUAAUAGUACUGUGUCGAGACCGUAUGCCAUUUGUGGCCAAAAUUCAAAAAGGUACAAUUUCGAGUUACGUCCCCGGAUGGAGAAGUGACAGCUCAGACUCUCGUUCAGAUUCGGAAGAUGAAAUGGAAAAUUUAUUACAUGUUCUGGAAGUUCGUUGUCGUAAAAUAAUUAUUGUACAUCGGAUGCAGUGGAACCGACAGCAAGCAGAAUAUUUACCGUCAGAAAAAGAAAUUCAGCUCCCAAUAACAUACAAAGGCUGGUUUGAAGUGCUUCCAGAAGACGGAAGGGCGGUUGAAUAUUUCGAUUCCAUACAAUCAAUAGCAAACGUAAAACCCAAAAAGUUUUUGGUACGGACAUCCAUAGUUGGAUAUCACUUAACUAAUGAAAAUGGUCCAAGUAGCUGGCAGCCUUUAGAAGUGAAACCAGGAGACGUUUUAACCACUGGUAUUGUCUACAUGGACCAAAAGAAAGGCAAAUCUUCAAUGCGAACGUUUUUUAAACGAAUUCUGAAAUCUAGUAAACAUCACAAAAAAGACCAAGAACUGAAAUAUCUGCAAUGUUUUGAUGAUCAGGGUAAAGAAAUUAUGGUUCCGUUAAUAAUGACAGGUCUUUUUAGUCCAGUCGGUGAUGUGUCGUCAUGUAACUAUGAUGCAGUGUACGAACUUCACGAUCUAGUCAUGGCAUUCAAAUUACCAGUUAAAGCACAACUUGUACAGGAUAUCGAACAAGAAAAUCAAACUAUUGUACCAAAUGGUAUGAUAAUUCUUAAGGGGGUUCAAGAUGAAGAAGUGGUUGGUGUUGCUAAAUUUUCUACAACGGGAGAUAGAAAUGCAAUGUAUGAAAUCCCAGCUGAUGCUGACAUCCGGUUAGUAAAGGGUAUGACUAAGAGCAGAAAAUCACAGCGGCAUCGCGAACAUAUUGAACAGGAUGAAGUAGGAUCACCAAACACAGAAAUGUUACCAGAUCCAUUAUAUAUGAAUGAAACCUCCGAUCCUAUGUUACCAAUGCGAGUAAAAGUGAACAAAAAAUCAAAAGGUAGUGGUAUAUUAGAUAAACUGAGUGUCAGAUCAAAAAGUAAAAAAGAACGUGCUAGUUUAAAAGCUUUACAGACUGCGGGUGUAUUUUCCUCUAGAUUAAGUAAAAGUGAUAUGAAUUUGGAAGAUUUUUUUCAAGUAGGGGAUGAAGAUGAAAACAACGGUGGAACAACUGCAAAAACUGAUUCCGCAUCAAAUAACCCUAAAUAUAUUUCUGAAUUUGAUUCCAUAGAUCAGUGUUCAAAUAAUUUUCAAGACAACUCCAAAUCAGCAUCAUACGGCAUGAUGCGGCAAUAUCCUGUGCAAAAUCGUGAUCUUCCGCCUGUUCCAAAUAGCACCUCUUCACCAAGAACGGGUCAUUAUAGCGAUGCUGUUUACGAAGAACUACCUCCAGCACCUCAACCUCCGUCAUCACAACAUCAUAAUAAACUAUAUGGAUCACACGGAGAUGAAGAAGAUGGUUAUAUGUGUCCAGCUCAGGUCAAACAAAAAAUGCGGUCAGAAAAUCCAUACGGGACAAGUGGUGUUGUAAGAACAAAACCACCAGUUGCUCCUAAAGAAAACGCCAAACAAAUUCGUGCUCGUAAAGUACGUAGUGCAAUUCCCGGUAACAUACCAGACUAUGAAGAAUUCGAUAGUUAUUCAAAUAAUGCAAACAGGAAUCAAAUAUAUUCCUCACCAUAUAGAGCUACGGCACUAGCAGAAACAAAACGAAAAAGUUCAUUGGACGAAAGAAUAUUUAACGAUGAUCAAAAUUUAGAAACGCGAUCAAUGUCUGAUUGGAACCGAACGAAAUCGAGAUCUCAGAAAAAUUUAAAUUUCCCAGCUAAUGCAACUGUUCGAAGUCACAACUCUCGUCGUAUUCGUAAUGUGAUGGAUGUAUUCAAUUAUCAUGACUCGAUCAAUGAUCUAAGACAAAGCAAGGAAGCACUCAAUUCGGUAGUUCCAAGUAAUGUUGAUGACUACACUGAAAAUGAAGGACUUCGAGAAUCUCGUUCUUUUCCAACAGAAUAUGUUAGGUCUGCUUCAUAUGUGCUGUCAGGUGACCAGGAUACUCGUCGGUAUCCACGAUCGGCGUCAAAUUCUGGUUUUAGUGAUAUCUAUAGAGGAAACGACUCGGCAAUAUCUGGUGACUAUGGAUUUCAUGGAGACAGCGAGUUUAGUUAUAGUGAAUACUCGGAAUACAUUGAUGAUGGAUGGUUACCUCCGAAUGAUCUAGUUGGCUUAACUGUCAACGAAGUAUCCAAAUCAAUGAGGUAUAUCGGAAUGAAGGACCGUGUUGUAAUCAGACUCGCAAACGAACAAAUAGACGGAAACUUGCUCUGCUCAUUGGACAAAAAGUUAUUAAGAGAAGGAUUCCCUGAACUGAAUGCUUUAGAAAUCAAGAAAAUAGUUGAUUUUAUCAAUGGUUGGCGACCGAAGAAGAAGUAAAUGCCUGGUGCAAACGGGAAAUGUCUCUACAGAGUAAAGUGCGACAUGCUUAGUCAUUUUUCGUAUGACUAAGAUGGACAAAGUUUCGGUUAAAGACAUUUUUUGGAUGCUUAAGUGUUGAGAUUGACGCGUUAAAACUGACGGGUAAUUUAUAGCCUUCACGAUAAACUUAUGAUUUAGUUAUAAAGGCAGCAAAAAUGCAGGCAGCCUCAAGACGUUUGACGUACGAAAUGGCAAAUUUACACAGUAGAGUGCGAGUCUAAACUAAAGGGUACAUGUAUCAUCAUUAAUAUAUUGUCUUUUUUUUUAAUUUGAUAAGUUCGAGGGUAAGGUAUUUCUAAGUAAUGUAUUUUAGAAACAUGACUGCAAUUUUUGUAAGACUUACUUUUUAAGGACAGAUAAAUUAUGCACAUAUAACGCAAUAACACAAAUUUUAUAAUAGAAAAUAUAUUUAAUAAUAGUUCUAGUCAGCUUUGUAAUAUGUGUAGAUUUUCAAAUUUUUAAGUCAUAAGGCCAGUAUGACAUAUUGCCACCAUUUUUUCCACAGUCACUUGCCUCGGAAAUCUUUUCCCCUAUAUACCUUGAUUAUUUUAAAGUACGUAUAUAGAAAAAAAAAUCUGAGACAAGUGUCUGCAUUUUUCGUCGGUUAAAACGGUUUUCAUUGUUUCAAUAUUCACACUUUGCUUUAUCAGUCUUGGUGAUCAUUAUUUCGGAAUAUUCUACUCACAAACCAACAUAACUGCUGUUACUAAUUUAAAAAUGGAAAUCAAAUUUGCUGAUUAUAUAAAAUCUUUUUCGGUUUAACCGUCACUGGGAAUAAACGUUCUGAGCCAAUAUUUUACACGGUCGCAGAUGUACUACUUUAAAACACGGAGACACAUGUGAAAAAACGCGUUAAAGAAUGUCCAGAAACAAUUCGGAACAACUAUGUCUGAAGAGCAAAGAUCCCUUUUAUUCUAUAACUAACCAUACUAGUGUACGUGGUAAAUAGGUACAAUGUCCUAAGCACUCUUCGAAUAAAACUUACUGGAACUAAAAGUCCACUGGUCAACAAUUGGCAUCUACUUAAUGGAAGUAAAUUUUAAAGGAAUUUUGAAGAAUUUUCUUCUUUUAAUGAUUAACGAGACUAAUUCGUCAAUUGUUUUCUCAGAUUUCAGAAUUUGAAAUAAAGCUGUAUAAAUCUGUUAAAUGUUAAUCACAUAGCUCUGGUUGCUUCAGAAAUACGGUUUUAUCAUAAAAUAAAAAAUACUACGAAAGGUUAGAAAAAAAUGUAUAAACGAUUCAAUUUAGAGUCGACUUCAUUGAAAACUUUGAUUUCGAUCAACAAGAUUUCGAAUAAAGUAUUUUCAAAGUUUACAAUGAUUUCGUAAUCACAACCCGCAUUUCUUCAACUAUUUGCGCAAUUUUUUUUAUAUGUUUGCAUUUAGUUGGUAUAAAAUUUUGACUAAUGUAAGAAUCUUUUCUGCCAUGAACGCGGGCAUUCGUGUUAUACUGAUAUAUUUUAGUCUACUGUUAGUUUUAAUGAAUGUAUCAUUAUUUAUACUAUUAAGAAUAUGAUUUAUCACUUGUUAGAUCAUGCAUACAUGUAUUGUUAUAUAUUUUAUAACUGUUAUGUAACAAACCAUGACAUUCUUAUGUUUUAUUUUAAGUUAAUAUUAACAAUGAUUUAUUUUUAAAUAUGAAAUUAGUUGAUUAAAUUCUGACGUUAUCUCGACUUUUUCUAUAUAUGAUAUUCCAUUGUACGUAAAACAGAGACUCUCGUAGACUUCUUCAAGAUUUUGUGCUUUUACUCGUAUAUACCGCUUGUAUUUUUUUUAAAGAAGCAGCAACUAGUCGUCUUUGGUUCAACCUUGCUUGGUUUUUAAACUAAAGGACUUACGAAUGCACUUCACAACCCUACCCCGCAAGACAAAUAACAAAACGCCUCUGUAUUUUUACAAAGUCAUGGACGGAUUACUAGUAUCAUUGAUCAAACAUAAAAAUCAAUUAGGUAUAGAUAUUUCGGGAGGCCAAGAUCUAUAUAGUUUACUAUAGACAGCGCAGAAUUGGGAGCAUUUACACAUUCAACCGAAUUAUACCCCUACUCGCAGUGGCAGAAGUCCGAUAAAUUUUUAAUGUUUUUGAUGUCGUAAAAAUUAAAUACAAUGCCGUCUUCUUUUCUAGGCUUACCGAAUUAGACUUGAUGGGAUUCGUGUUGCUCAUUCUUUAUUUUUGUCGAGCCUCCGACUUUUGUCGAAAAAGCGAGACAUACCGAACCUAUAUUCCGUCGUCGGGGGCGUGCACCAAUAUUAACGCAGUCUCUGUGGUUAUUUAAAAGUCUUUUGAAAUUUUUAUUACUUUUUUAAACUAUCCUGGAUUUCUACCAAACUUGGACAGCCGCUCGUUUAUUAUCAAGAUAGUAUCUACAUGUAGAAGGAAAUUUGUAAACUUAUAUUUCCUGUUUUUCCGUAUGUUACUUAUAUAUAUUGACGUAGUUUUUAUUUUCCAUUUAACAUUACAUGCAAUGCAAAUUACAGUUAAAGUUCCUAAAACACUUAUUAUAGCUUCAUAAAGUAGGCGAGACACUGGGUUCCGCGGAAAUCUUACAUUUUUUUCUUAAACAGGACCCAUGCUGUUGUUUUGCUCUUAUCUACACGCGGCUAAGUUACAAUCAUCGGGUGGCAAGUUCAGAAAGACGCAGUGAUUGUUGUUACCACAUAUAGGAUUCAGGUGUAUCAUACACUAACUGAUUAUUUCAUGCGUUUUUCAAAUUGCCUUAAAAAAUAGAAUGACAUUUACAAAAUGCCUGCAAUUCAUUUUUUUGAAUGAAUUAUUUAAAAACACUUAACUAUUGAAAGUGCAGAACAACAAAAUAGUAUUACUUAUCAUAAGUACUGAAUUUUAAGGCUUGCAUUCGUUAAAGUUUGUACUGAAUUAUGCACCCACAAGAACCGAACUAGUCAAUUAUUUAUAAUUUCACAUUUUGGUGGCAGGAUCUGUUACACUUUUGUCCUGAUUUUUUGCAAAUACAUCGUUUAAUGUAAAAUCAAGUCUUCAGCAAAACAACCACGGUUUGUGAAACCUGAACUAGCACACUUUCAGCUUUGUCAAUUGUGACGGACAAUACUUUUUCUGACAAAAGACUAACACUGGAUUGUGUUUUGCUGAAUGCACAUCCAUGGAUAUCUUGUUUUGCAUGUGUUUCCCAUGGAUUCAAGUCUUAUUUGCAUGAUCAGAUUGCCCUAGUUUUUCUUAGCAGAGAAAUUAUCAAGCUGAAGCAGAUAUGUGCAUGUCGAGCGAUGCAUGAAUAUCAGGAGACGCUUACAAUGUUGAUGUACCAUUAUUGUCUCUUAUUGUUAUUUAACAAGAUUUCACAACGAUCAACUUCUGUUAAUUGAUGUACAAUAAGACAACAAUAUUUGUUAUUUAGAAUUAUUAAAUUAUUGUAUGGUGUAUGUGUCUGUCUGCAUGGUUUGGAGUUAUCUGACAUUGGUCUUAUUGUCAUGAAUCUUCGAUAAGUUUAGGUUUAUGUGAUACUUAUGGUAAAAUAAUACCAUUUAGAAUUUAUGCUUAAAAUCAAUCAAUAAUUUGGUAGUUUUGAUUUCGUGGAUACCAAUAAACCUUUUAUUGGUCAUUUAUUGUUCACAAAUUGAAUUAUCGAGCCUGUGUCGCUCACCUUUAUUAAUGUGCAUCUUCUACAAUGGCCAACUCA